GCAGGGGCCUGACUGAAGUGAGAAAGACUGGACCUCAGUGUGUAUGCAUGUGUGUGUGUGUGUGGGGGGAGGCUAGGAAACCCGGGGGUCCCCUUGAUGGAGAGCUGGCUUAUCCCCAGUGGGGCGUGCUUUGUAAUUGCACAGAACCGGUUUGGGGCAACCCACCGCUGGUUUUCUGCUCCAAGGGUGGGGGUUCCGUGUUCCUUCCCCUGGGUUUCUCUCCUAGUCCUGCAGUCGUAGCAGUGCUGUGCCCCCUCCCCUGCGUCCCGCAUUGGCCGGCCCGCAGGGGAGGCGGGGAGGCGGGCCGCUGGUGCCUGCGCCGGUGUGUGUGGGGGCGGGCCCUGCGGGCAGUGCGGGGCGGUGGCUUCGUUGUGCAACUGCGGGCAACAGCGGGUGCGGGGAUGGCCGGGGCUGAGGGUGGCGUGCGCUCCUGGUCGGGGCUCCCCUCCGAGUGGCCUCAGCUCCCGCAUCUCCUCUGGGGGCUGCCUGCUGGGCUCUGCUGAGACCCUGGCCUGCCCUCCACCCUUUCCGGCCGGCCAGCCGGCAUCAUGACGGUCCCCAAGGAGAUGCCGGAGAAGUGGGCCCCAGCUCCCUCUUCCUGGAGCCAGAAGAAGCCCUCCUGGGGGACAGAAGAAGAAAGGAGGGCACGGGCCAACAACCGAGAAUACAAUGAGAAGUUCCAGUAUGCGAGUAACUGCAUCAAGACCUCCAAGUACAACAUCCUCACUUUCUUGCCCGUCAACCUCUUUGAGCAGUUCCAGGAAGUCGCCAACACCUACUUCCUGUUCCUUCUCAUUCUGCAGUUGAUCCCUCAGAUCUCGUCCCUGUCCUGGUUCACCACCAUUGUGCCUUUGGUCCUUGUCCUUACCAUCACGGCUGUGAAGGAUGCCACUGAUGAUUAUUUCCGCCACAAGAGUGAUAACCAGGUGAAUAACCGGCAGUCUCAGGUGCUGAUCAAUGGGAUCCUCCAGCAGGAGCCAUGGAUGAAUGUCUGUGUCGGUGACAUUAUCAAGCUAGAGAAUAACCAGUUUGUGGCGGCUGAUCUCCUGCUCCUCUCCAGCAGCGAGCCCCAUGGGCUGUGCUACAUAGAGACAGCAGAACUCGAUGGAGAGACCAACAUGAAAGUGCGUCAGGCCAUUCCUGUCACCUCGGAAUUGGGACACAUCAGUAAGCUCGCCAAGUUUGAUGGUGAAGUGAUCUGUGAGCCUCCCAACAAUAAGCUGGACAAGUUCAGCGGGACCCUCUACUGGAAGGACAGCAAGUUUGCCCUGAGCAACCAGAACAUGCUGCUGCGGGGCUGUGUGCUGCGUAACACUGAGUGGUGCUUUGGGCUGGUCAUCUUUGCUGGUCCCGACACAAAGCUGAUGCAGAACAGCGGCAGGACAAAGUUCAAGAGAACGAGUAUCGAUCGCCUCAUGAACACGCUGGUGCUCUGGAUUUUUGGAUUCCUAGUCUGCAUGGGGGUGAUCCUGGCCAUUGGCAAUGCCAUCUGGGAGCACGAGGUGGGGACGCACUUCCAGGUCUACCUGCCAUGGGAUGAGGCUGUGGACAGUGCCUUCUUCUCUGGCUUCCUCUCCUUCUGGUCCUACAUCAUCAUCCUCAACACCGUGGUGCCCAUCUCACUGUACGUCAGGUGGAGGGAGGGUGGUCCCUCAGCCAGGCUGAGGUGGGGACCCCAAUACCCUGGGGUCCCCCAGCCUGACCUCCCGUUGCCGUGCAGUGUGGAGGUCAUCCGCCUGGGCCACAGCUACUUCAUCAACUGGGACAAGAAGAUGUUCUGCGUAAAGAGGCAGACGCCUGCUGAGGCCCGCACCACCACACUUAAUGAGGAGCUGGGCCAAGUGGAGUACAUCUUCUCUGACAAGACUGGGACCCUCACCCAGAACAUUAUGGUCUUUAACAAGUGCUCCAUCCACGGCCACAGCUAUGGUGACAUGUUUGAUCUCCUGGGCCACAAAGCUGAGCUGGGUGAGAGGCCUGAGCCUAUCGACUUCUCCUUCAACCCUCUGGCAGACAACAAGUUUGUGUUUUGGGACCCCAGCCUCUUGGAGGCGGUUAAGACAGGAGACCCCCACACGCAUGAGUUCUUCCGCCUGCUCUCUCUGUGUCACACAGUUAUGUCGGAGGAGAAGGACGAAGGGGAGCUGUACUAUAAGGCCCAAUCCCCAGAUGAAGGGGCCCUGGUCACUGCGGCCAGGAAUUUUGGCUUCGUGUUCCGUUCUCGGACACCCAAGACCAUCACCGUCCAAGAGUUGGGCAGUGCCAUCACCUACCAGCUGCUGGCCAUCCUGGACUUCAAUAACAUCCGAAAGCGCAUGUCGGUCAUUGUGCGGAAUCCAGAGGGAAAGAUCCGUCUCUACUGCAAAGGAGCUGACACCAUCUUGCUAGACAGGCUGCAUCCCUCCACCCAUGAGUUGCUCAGUGCCACCACUGACCACCUAAAUGAGUAUGCAGGGGAGGGCCUGAGGACACUGGUGCUGGCCUACAAGGACCUGGAUGAAGAGUACUACGAGGAGUGGGCUGUCAGGCGGCUGCAGGCCAGCCUGGCACAGGAUAGCCGGGAGGACAGACUGGCCAGUGUGUAUGAGGAAGUGGAGAAUGACAUGAUGCUUCUGGGAGCCACAGCCAUAGAGGACAAACUGCAGCAAGGGGUUCCGGAGACCAUCGCCCUGCUGACGCUGGCUAACAUCAAGAUCUGGGUGCUCACCGGUGACAAGCAGGAGACGGCUGUGAACAUUGGAUAUUCCUGCAAGAUGCUGACGGACGACAUGACAGAGGUGUUCAUCGUCACUGGUCACACUGUCCUGGAAGUGCGGGAGGAGCUCAGGAAAGCCCGGGAGAAGAUGCUGGAUGCAUCCCGAACUGUGGUCAAUGGCUUCCCCUGCCAGGAGCAGCUUUCCACUUCCAAGCUCACAUCCGUCCUGGAAGCUGUGGCUGGGGAGUAUGCCCUGGUCAUCAAUGGACACAGCCUGGCUCAUGCCCUGGAAGCAGACAUGGAGCUGGAGUUUCUGGAGACGGCCUGUGCCUGCAAAGCUGUCAUCUGCUGUCGGGUGACCCCUCUCCAGAAGGCGCAGGUGGUGGAGCUGGUGAAGAAAUACAAGAAAGCCGUGACACUUGCCAUUGGGGAUGGUGCCAAUGAUGUCAGCAUGAUCAAGACGGCUCACAUCGGCGUGGGCAUCAGUGGGCAGGAGGGAAUCCAGGCCGUGCUGGCGUCCGACUAUGCCUUCUCCCAGUUUAAGUUCCUGCAGCGCCUCCUGCUGGUACAUGGGCGCUGGUCCUACCUGCGUAUGUGCAAGUUCCUCUGCUACUUCUUCUACAAGAACUUCGCUUUCACCAUGGUCCACUUCUGGUUUGGCUUCUUCUGUGGCUUCUCAGCCCAGACCGUCUAUGACCAGUACUUUAUCACUCUCUACAAUAUUGUGUACACCUCCCUUCCAGUUCUGGCAAUGGGGGUCUUUGACCAGGACGUUCCCGAGCAGCGGAGCAUGGAGUACCCAAAGCUGUAUGAGCCGGGCCAGCUGAAUCUCCUCUUCAACAAGCGGGAGUUCUUCAUCUGUAUCGCCCAGGGCAUCUACACCUCCGUGCUCAUGUUCUUCAUCCCCUACGGCGUGUUUGCUGAGGCUACCCGGGACGAUGGCACCCAGCUGGCCGAUUAUCAGUCCUUUGCUGUCACGGUGGCCACCUCGCUGGUCAUUGUAGUCAGUGUGCAGAUUGGGCUGGACACGGGCUACUGGACAGCCAUCAACCACUUCUUCAUCUGGGGCAGCCUGGCUGUGUACUUCGCCAUCCUUUUCGCAAUGCACAGCAAUGGGCUCUUCGACAUGUUUCCAAACCAGUUUUGCUUUGUGGGCAAUGCCCAGAACACUCUAGCGCAGCCGGCUGUUUGGCUGACCAUUGUGCUGACCACAGUUGUCUGCAUCUUGCCUGUGGUCGCCUUCCGCUUCCUCAAGCUCAGCCUGAAGCCUGACCUGUCUGACACGGUCCGCUAUACCCAGCUGGUGCGGAAGAAGCAGAAGGCCCAGCACCGCUGCCUGCGCAGGGUGGGCCGCACGGGGUCCCGUCGCUCGGGCUAUGCCUUCUCGCACCAGGAGGGCUUUGGGGAGCUCAUCAUGUCGGGCAAGAAUAUGCGGCUCAGCUCCCUGGCACUGUCUGGCUUCACCACGCGCUCCAGCUCCAGCUGGAUAGAGAGCCUGCGCCGCAAGAAGAGCGACAGUGCCGGUAGCCCCAGCGGGACCAGCGACAAGCCCCUCAAGGGGUGACACUGGCAAGGGAAACUGUCCUGCAGGGUGUCCCGGGAUGCCAGGGUGGAAGGAGCAGCCCCCAAGGGCAGAGCAGGGACAGGUUCAGCCCAGGAGCCAGCCCCAUUGGGGGACCAGAUGUGGCACCAAAAGCAGAAAGAAAAACUGAGAGAUCUCCCCGUCUGCCUGCCCUGCCUAGGGAGACGGCCAGGGUCUCUGUAUUUUUUUACUCCCAUCCGCCCCCAGAGGGCUCCCUGAGAGAGUCCCCAUCCCUGAAUUCCACAAGAAUGUAACUUGCCAGAAAACCAGAGACCUGCUGGGCCUGGCAGGCCCCUCCUCCUGUGUCCGUCCAUCAUACCUUGAUUUGUGUCUGACCCAUUUGCUUCUGUCUUGUUUUCUUAGGCACGUGGAGGCAUCCUGGGUGUGCUGUGGUGGGUGUCACAGCUCUCCUGCAGAGCUGUCCCGAGGGUCUGGUCCUGUUUCUUUCCCCAUCUGGAGAGUGGAGUGCUGCCCCUUUGCCCCUGUCCUCCCCACACCUGUCAACUGGCUCCCGGGAGUCCUGCUGGCCAGGGACUCAGCCCUUCUUGGGGGCCUGAUAAGUGGUGUGAACUAUAGUCCUGACUGAGCAAGUUUUCUUCAGUCUUAAAUUUUGGUCCACCUUGAUAACUGUCUGUCCCUUUGCCCACUUUUUGGGUCUCCCUAAGAAUCAGGUCUUAAAGUGGAAGGAAGGGCAGUACCCCAAGGCUGGGCUGAGUAGGGAGGUGGGGCUCUCUUUCUGCUAUCGGAGGCACCUAGCCUCUAAGGCUGAGCAGCUAGCAGGAGAGGUGGGGCCCCAUUAUUGGCAGGGCAGGACCAGGGGGCCCUGCCAUGGAGCCAGAAGGCUGCCCUGUCUGCCCUCCCUGUGGACCCCAUGAAUCUAGUGCCCAAGCUGUACAUUCUCAUUCCCCAGGCCGGGACUAGAUCAGUCUAGGGGAGAACCCUUUCCCAGCCGUUGUUGUUGGGGGAUGGGGAGCUUCUCAGGAAUGGUAUGGAGCUGGAGUAGAGUACAAGGUCUCAUACUUUCAAUGUGGGGGCCCCACAGGGACUGGAGGUGUGUGGGGGGGAGGAAAGAGUGAUAGGGAGACCCCUUUUGGCCACAGUUUACAAACCCAACAUCAUGUUUCUUCUGUGUGUCUCUCAAGGUGAGAGUAAUUUUUAUACCAAAGAGGAAAUGAUUUUUUUUCAUAUUUGGUUUGUCUAUAUUAUAUAUAUAAAUAUAUAUACAGUUAUAUAUAUAUAUUAUUUUUUUGGUUCUCUCUCAUUUUUUAGGGAGGGAGGAAAGUAUCAGGUUGCAUUGACAUGUAAUUAAGGAGGAGCAUUCUGUGUAAUUUAUGACACAUUUCUAUACUUGCAGAAUUAUAUCGUUUUAUGGACAUAAAAUGUCUUUUUAUAAAAAUUCCAAUUUCUGAAA